GACCCAACCCUGGUUUGGGUUUGGGCUUCUGGUGCUGCUGCAGCUGCUACUAUUUACCACGCCCCAUGCGCAUGUUAGCAUGAAUCCCCGUUGUUUCUGGGUCCUUCCGUUGCUCCUUCUUCUAGCCCUACACACUUUAUCUUGUCUUCUAUGUUGUAUGCUUCGGCGAAGCCUUCUUGCUCUCUACGAUCAUCCUUUCCUUCCCCUCUCAGCAAUCGCCGCCUCGGAUCUGGAUUCGAUUUUGCUCACGUUUGUUCAAUUUCGAUCAAUUCCACCCGAUUUUCAGGUUUUUCGGAUCAAUUGAGAUCGUUGUUCUUUCUUGGGGUUUUAUUCAGCUGGGCAUUGCCUGAAACCGACUGAUUUAGAUAAAAGGUUUUUAAGGAGCAAGCGUCUGGAAAAUCUUGCCUCGUGAGUUCAUGCAGCAAUGCGAGCACAUGAUAGAUAUGAUGAGUAUGAAGAUUUAGACGAGUAUGAGGAGGAUGGUGAUGAGCAAGAAGAGAAAGAUGCUGGUGAAGAUGAAUAUGAAGAGGAAGACGAUCCUAAGCCCGCUAAGGAGGUGUUGAAUUAUCUUGAACUGAGGCAACGAUUAAAAGAAGAGAAAAGAAAGAAGUUGAAGAAGGAAUUGGGAACUGCUAAUGGCAGUUCUCGUGAGAAAAAGAAUGUGAUCUCAAAGGAUGUGAUCUCAAAGGAUACUUAUGGUUCCUUUUUUGGACCUUCACAACCAGUUAUUGCUCAGAGAGUGAUCGAAGAAAGCAAGUCAUUACUUGAGAACCCGGAUUUGGCAGCUAGAGUCAUUAAAUUUAAUCAAAGUAGAAACAAGAGCUCUGGUUCAGCCUCAUCUGUGUCAAAGUCUCAAGCUGGUGCUGGCCCCAGACCAAAAGUUACAAAUGGGCUACAAAAGAAAGUCGAGAUGCUAAAAAAUACCAGGGAUUACUCAUUUCUAUUAGCUGAUGAUGCUGAGCUUCCUGUGCCAAAAAAAGUUCCUCAUAGUAUUUCUGCCCAAAAACCUGAGGCGCGCUCUGCACAAUUGUCAGAAAGAAGCAGAGAUUCUUUAAGCAUUAAUGGACAAAAAGUUUCCAGCAGUCGCGAGGAUAAGAAACCUACAGCUGCUAUUAACCGAAUGCAGCCUAAAGUAGGGUCAGAGAAAUUUGGUUCCAGGGAUAAGCUGGUUCGGCCAUCAGUAGAGUCUGGGAAACAUCUCAGUGGAAAUAAUGGUGCGUUAGCAGAUCAUAGAAAACAGCCUUCCAUCAGUAAUGGUAGUGGGCCAGGUCGGCCUGUGGUGUCAAAGAGUGUGCCAACAAAGCCCAUCAGUAAUGGUAGUGGGCCAGGUCGGCCUUUGGUGUCAAAGAGUGUGCCACCAAAGCCUUCAGUAAGUACGUCAGAUAAGAAGGCUUCGGUUCCUGUUGCAAGAACCUCUGCUCCUGGCAUUCACAAACCAAAUCCUUCAAAAGUGCAGACUUCUGUUUCAAAGCAGUCCUCUGCGAGGAAGGAGGAACACCAGGCACCAGGAAAGCCAAAGAUAUUACCAAAACAACCCAUCCCACCCUUAAAACCUAAGCAAGUAUUGCGACCACCACCAAAACCUUCAGCUCGGGAUGCUUCAAGAGGUGAACGCCCAAGGAAGAGGCCCGUAAGACACAAUGAAGAUGAUGAAGAUGAUCCUGAAACUGCUUUGCGUAUGAUCAGGAAUAUGUUCGGAUAUAAUCCUAGUAGGUAUGAGGAUGUUGACGAUGAUAGUGACAUGGAGGCUAAUUUUGACGACAUUCAGAGGGAGGAAAAGAGAAGUGCGAGGAUUGCUCGGCAAGAGGAUGAAGAAGAGCUUCGCAAGAUAGAAGAAGAAGAAAGAAGGGAGCGCUUGCACAAGGAAGCCAAAAAACGCAAGUUAAGCCAUCGAUGACCAGAAAAUGCGCUAAUCUGACAGGAAUUGUGUAAUUGUUGCUUUGCUGAAAGCCCAAGUAUGUGAAGCGAGAGGAAGGAGAAAAGAGGGUGGAGAAAAAUUGCUCUCUACUAGUCUUUUUAUUUCAUCUGUAAGCCCGACGUGGUGGUUUAGAUGUGGGGCUCCAUUGUUUAUUAGUUAUUAGGAAUGAUUUUUGUCAAAAGAUAGACUUACAAGGUUUUUUUCCCCUUUUUUUCUUUUUUGGGUCCCUUAUUCCUGGUGUAGCAAAUCAUUUGAUCAGGUGUAUAUUUAUCCUCAGAAUUACUUGUUCUUUGCAAGUCCU